AUGCCACGUGGGAGGCGGCGGAGCCGCCGCCGCCGCCGGGCCGGAGUCGCGGCCCCGCUAACGCUGGGGACGGCGCUCGCCGGCCGCCGCGAGGAGGGGAGGUCGCGGAGCCCCCGGGACCGCACCGGGAUCGCCGAGACCCGAUGGGUGCUCGGCGCGGUGGCGCCCGGCUCGCGGCUCGGCCUCCCAGGCCUAGAGGCGCUGGCGGCGGCGGCCGGGCCUAGGGGCGGCUCGCCGCCCUGGGCGGCGCCCUCGCUGCUGCAGGUGCCGGCGGCGGCCCAGCCGGCCCCGCGGCGGGACGGCAGCGACCUGCCCGCCGGCGCGCCCGCCGCCCUGGCCGUGCUGCGGCUUCAGCCCGGCGCCGAGGGCUCGGCGCGGGCGGCGGCAGCGGCGGCGGCCGGGGCCGCGCCGCGCCUGCGGACCGUCUACGUGAACCCGCGCUGGCUGGAGCGCCAGGCCGCGCUGGGGGCGGCGGCGGCAGCGGCGGCGGCCGCCAGCCCCUGCGCCGAGGCGGCAGCGGCGAGCGCUCCGGCUCCGGCAGCAGCGGCGGCGGCGGGGCAGGGCGAGGCCGAGGCGGCGGCCACCCCCUACGUGGGGCUGCGGCGGCCGCUGGGCUACAAGUUGGCCAAGGCCACGAAGGAGCGGAUCUGGCGGGGGGAGUUCAUUGACCUCUUUUCCUUGCUCCACACAGAGCUGGCCCCCGAGCACGGCCCGCGCCCGGGGGACACGCUGGACCAGUGGGUCUCGGCCUUCCUGGUGUACGCCAGCGUGCUGUGCGAGAAGCACCCGGCGCGCUGCGGAGCCAUGUUCAAGUACCUGGACACCAUCCGCAAGCUGCACGCCACCUACGGGGGCACCUCCUGGAUGAACUACGAUGAGGAUUUCCGGCGGCGGGCGGCCAAGAACCCCUCGCUGCCCUGGGGCGACGUCGACUUGGACCUGUGGAUGAAGUGGAUGGCGCCCCUCAAGUCUCUUGUCCCCAGACGCCUGCGUACCGACAGCGAGACACAGGCCUCGCCGGCCCAGCCGCCACCGCCGGGCCAGAGCCCCAAGCAGGAGGAGAAAAGCCAGACUCCAUGAAAACAGAAGACCAGUUGGGAUGGGAGUCAGACUAAGUGGCCUGACUCCGUUGGUGUUUAAGUGGAGCUCUGGUAUUCUAGUGCAUUCUUUUACCUCUGCUUCUGUUGCGUUGCAAGCUGUGCUAGAGAAGACGUAGGAAAUUCAUUUUACCAAUCAGCAAUUGUAACAAUGGACUACAAACCUGCAGAGCAAGCCAGUUUGCUGGAAAACAGGAAUUCCUGCAGCGCAGCACUUGUCACAGACUAUCCAAAGAGGGCAAAGAUUCAGGAAGGUGAAUAAAUUGAACACUGGUUGAAUGAGGUCAGGAGCACUCUCCCGGAGGAGAAUCCUGCCCUAAAAUACUACUUUGAAAGUAAAAGCCAAUUUAAUGCGCAGAUUAAACCUUCUCAUUUGACCAAACUUGUGUGCAAUCCUGGAUCUUUGCAGAUCACAACCGGACACUUCAGAACCCUAUGUAUUAUAUUUGUUUAAAAAAAAUAAAUCAUAACUUGUAUUGUUACAGCUGUUACUUUUGCCAUUUCAUUGAGAGUAUCUGCAACAUAAAUGUGUAUUUGACUCAGAAAAGUAUCAUACACUUGGGAUAAUAACUCAGGUUGUCAACAGAAUUAUUCUGUUAGGCUCAGUAUCCUCUUUCCAUUGUUCUGCAUUAACCAUUACUGUCAUUGUCAAAUAGCCCAACUGUGCAUUACAAAAUUCUUCAUCAAUUAUAAUGAUUGACCUAAGUUAUAAUUUUGUUUUUAUCCUAGUAGAUUACUUAAAAUCGUGACCAUCAGACUAGACCUUUGUAGUUUGGUGUUCAUGAAAAUCUUUUUCACUGAUUCACAGUUUUCAUUUGGCAUCUCAGUAUGUUGUUUUCUUCUCCUUUUUCCUUGCAUACUAAGGGGUGUGGUCAGGGUAAUGCUAUGAUCCAGUAAUGCGCAUGAUGGUAAGGGUUGGCCUUUAGUUGUUUCAGGAAAAAGCUGCCCUUAUGUCCUCUCCCUUUCUCAAUAUUUCCAAUAAUAUGCAUAACAUAAAGUGUUUGUAAAUUGAUAUCAAACUGUUUGUGACUUCACCUAAAUAAAUUUUUAUAUUUAAAUGCUA